GCGGUGGGAAAGAAGUGGAGUGCGAGUCUCAAGGGCAUGGCCAUGCGCCCUCCAUACGCAUUUGGCUGCAUCCUCCGCUUUCUCCUCAAGCCACAGCCAGACGUGAUAGCAAAAGCCGAAGCCACGUACCACCGCCUCCUCUCCUCUCUCGCUCCCUCCCCCCCCUCUUCCCUGCUCCGCCAACCUCAUUCUGCAACCGCUGGCCACUCGGGUGCCUCUGAUGGCUUCUCGGGCCACGGGGUGGCGGUGGUGGGCAUUCACCUGCGGGCAAACGACACGUUUGUGUGGCAGGGCAAGGAGGGCUUUGGGGAGCCCAAGGCUCUGAGCGACGGGGAGAGGGGCGUGCUGAUGGCGUGGGCAGACAGCUACAUGGCAUGCGCCGAGAAGCUGGAGUUUUGGUGGAUGCCCCCUCCAACCACCGUGAGGUGGCUUGUCAUCAGCAACUCACGGCAACUCAAGGAAGACCUGAAGCUUAAAUACCCCGACAAG